AUGGCGUCUGUCUCUCCUAUUCCUUCGAAAGUCACAGAGCUGCUAGCCGCACAGUGGCCUUAUGUGUUGAGCACAUUCUUGGCCUUUGCUGCGGCAUGGCUUCUUCAAGCGGUGCUCAAGCAGGACCCCCUGUCCAGCCUACCCAUGGUUGGGUCCGAGAUUGGAAAUGCGGACAAACGGCGGGCAGCUUUCUUCAAGAAGGGCAUUUCACUCACAGAUCAUGAUGUUGUUGUGCUCGACCCUCUCUUCCUGACCGAGCUGAAGAACCUACCCGACGAUACUGUCUCCUUCGGCGAGGCCGUCAGCGACUUCAUGCAGACCAAGUACACCGGCAUCCGGGCUGAUCGACCUAUCAUUCCACAUGUGGUUAAGAAAGACUUGAUCCCGGCACUGAAUCGUCUAAAUCCUAUCAUCGCCGAGGAAGUUGAUCAGUCAUACCGGGAGGAACUGCCACCUUGCAAGGACUUUACACCGGUCAACAUCUACGGGAAGCUACUUCGAAUUGUUGCCAAGGUUUCCGGGCGUAUUUUCAUCGGUCCUGAGCUCUGUCGCUCUGAGAAAUAUAUUGAUACGGCUAUUAGCUACACGAUUGAAGUUACAGGCGCGGUGAACGCCAUCACCAGAAUGAACUUCUGGCAGCGCACCCUGAAGGCUGCUGCCCAUCCCAGUGUCAAAGCCGUCCGCGACAGGGAACAAGCUGCGGAUGCUUUCCUGAGGCCCAUCGUCGAGGGAAGGAAGAAGGCUCAGGAGAUGGAUCCCGACUUUCAGAAGCCCGAUGAUCUCUUGCAGUGGCUACUGGAUGACGGCCAAGACAAGUUUGGCGAGAAGGGCAGCAAGGAGCUUGCUUCGAUCCAGCUGGGCCUGACAUUUGCUGCUAUCCAUACGACCUCUUUGACCGCCACGAAUGCCUUCUAUUCCCUCGCAGCGAUGCCCGAGAUUAUCCCCGAACUACGCGAGGAAAUCAGCACUGUAUUGAAGGAGUACGGCACGUUCACCACCCAGGCCCUGCAAAAGAUGAAGAAGCUCGACAGCUUCCUCAGGGAGGUGAUGCGCUUGCACCCGCUCGGGUUCUCUUCCUUCCAGCGCAAGGUCCUCAAGACGUUCACCCUCUCCACCGGGCAGGUCAUCCCCGCCGGCUGCCUCAUCGAGGUUCCCGUCGUCGGCAUCAACUUUGACGACGAGGUGAUCGAGAACCCGGAGAAGUUCGACGCCUUCCGUUCGUACCGCGCACGGGAGUUGGAAGGGCUGGAGGGCGCAGAGAAGGCCAGCGCCGGUGCGAGCAACCAGUUCGUCACCGUGAGCCCUUCGAACCUGCUGUUUGGAUACGGCAGACACGCCUGCCCGGGACGGUUCUUUGCUGCGAACGAGAUCAAGAUGAUUGUGUCGAGAGCGGUACUAGACUACGAUAUGAAGAUGGCUGACGGCUCCAGGGAGAGGUAUCCGAACCUCUCUUUCGGCGGCCAAAGCGUCCCGGACCCAUCUAAGGAGCUCCUGUUCAAGAGAGUCGGUGUCUAG